AUGUCCUACCCGCAGGGCUACUUGUACCAGCCGUCCGCCUCGCUGGCGCUCUACUCGUGCCCGGCGUACAGCACCAGCGUCAUCUCGGGGCCCCGCACGGAUGAGCUCGGCCGCUCGUCGUCGGGCUCCGCGUUCUCGCCCUACGCCGGCUCCACCGCGUUCACGGCGCCCUCGCCGGGCUACAACUCGCACCUCCAGUACGGUGCCGACCCCGCGGCAGCCGCCGCCGCCGCCUUCUCUUCGUACGUGGGCUCUCCCUACGAUCACACACCGGGCAUGGCGGGCUCCUUGGGGUACCACCCAUACGCGGCGCCGCUGGGCUCGUACCCGUACGGGGACCCCGCGUACCGGAAGAACGCCACGCGAGACGCCACCGCCACGCUCAAGGCCUGGCUGAACGAGCACCGCAAGAACCCCUACCCCACCAAGGGCGAGAAGAUCAUGCUGGCCAUCAUCACCAAGAUGACCCUCACCCAGGUGUCCACCUGGUUCGCCAACGCGCGCCGGCGCCUCAAGAAGGAGAACAAGAUGACGUGGACGCCGCGGAACCGCAGCGAGGACGAGGAGGAGGAGGAGAACAUUGAUCUGGAGAAGAACGACGAGGAUGAGCCCCAGAAGCCGGAGGACAAGGGAGACUCCGAGGGCCCCGAAGCAGGAGGAGCGGAGCAGAAGGCGGCUUCGGGCUGCGAGCGGCUGCAGGGGCCGCCCACCCCCGCCGGCAAGGAGACUGAGGGCAGCCUCAGCGACUCGGAUUUUAAGGAGCCGCCAUCCGAGGGCCGUCUCGACGCCCUGCCUGGGCCCCCCCGCGCCGGCGGGCCCUCCCCGGCCGGGCCAGCGGCAGCGCGGCUGGCGGAGGACCCGGCCCCUCACUACCCCUCGGGCGCGCCGGCUCCGGGCCCGCACCCGGCCGCGGGAGAGCUGCCCCCCGGUCCCGGCGGGCCCUCGGUCAUACACUCUCCGCCACCGCCGCCGCCGCAGGCGGUGCUCGCCAAGCCCAAACUGUGGUCUCUGGCAGAGAUCGCCACCUCCUCGGACAAGGUCAAGGACGGGGGCGGCGGAAGCGAAGGCUCCCCAUGCCCACCGUGCCCCGGGCCGGUAGCGGGGCAAGCCUUAGGAGGCAGCCGCGCGUCGCCGGCCCCGGCGCCAUCGCGCUCCCCCUCGGCGCAGUGUCCCUUUCCAGGCGGGACGGUGCUGUCCCGGCCUCUCUACUACACGGCGCCCUUCUAUCCCGGCUACACGAACUAUGGCUCCUUCGGACACCUUCACGGCCACCCAGGGCCAGGGCCGGGCCCCACAACCGGUCCGGGCUCGCAUUUCAAUGGAUUAAACCAGACCGUGUUGAACCGAGCGGACGCUUUGGCUAAAGACCCGAAAAUGUUGCGGAGCCAGUCCCAGCUAGAUCUGUGCAAAGACUCUCCCUAUGAAUUGAAGAAAGGUAUGUCCGACAUUUAACGCGGGCUGCGUCGGUCCCGGACUUUCCUAAUUUAUUAAGAAACAUGGCCUUGGCAGUUAUUUUUUUCCAUCACCAAGAGAGAGAAACAAAACUACCCCUCCUAUUAAAAAGUUUAUAGUUCUCGGAGAUGGGUAACAUAAAAAUGUAAACAUCUCCACACACAAAAAUGUCUUAACCAACCGAAAAGAAAAAUUUAAAAAAGGAUUUGUAUUAAAUCUUAUUCUGUAUAUUUAAU